AAUUAAUACCAUUUAUUACAAAGUAUCUUCUGAUUCAAGAUCUUAAAAAUUGUUAUAGUCUAGAUGAUAUAUGGAAAACCGAAGCUAUUAGAGAAAUUCGCAAAAGAUUAAUAGUAGACUGCUCAUCCAUUGAUAGUAAAACAACUGUUAAAGCACUUAUUGAUCCCAAAUCCCAGUAUAAUAGUAUCAGUAAAGCACUUCCUCGAAAAAUGGAUUUAUAUAUAACAAGGAUAGAUGGAUCUAAAUAUCCAGCAGUAGAAGCUCUUGGUGUUGGUGUGACAAAUGCUGAAGUUUCUAUUUCUUUACCCAAUAUCUUUGACGUGAGCCAGCCUUUGGCCGAUUUGGGACCAUCUUCAUAUUUAGGAAAUUCAUAUGAACAUUUCUUAGUUGUUGACAAGCCCGAAUAUGAUUUGGUUUUAGGAAGCACGUGGCUAAUGAGGUUGGGAAAUAGGAUUGAUGGACGUGAUGGAGAUAUUGGGAAUCUAAUAAGGAAAAAAGGAUAUAUUACGCAAGAAAUAGUAUUGAUAUUCUAUUAUUCUGAGACGGAGUCCGAAUCUAGUGAUUCUGAAACAGAGUUUGAAUCUAGUGAUUCUGAAGUAGUGGAUGUACCUCUUUCGGUUAUAAGUGGAAUGAUACAAGAUAAUAGCAGAGCUAGUGUCAAGACAUAUAAUAUCGAUUUUAUUCCUAAUCAUUCAUCGUGGGUUAUAAACAAUUGCACCCACUAG